UUGACGUCGGUUGGCUGAGCCAAUACUUAACAAUAAAUGACCGGUAAAACGCGGUGGUACAUUAGAUUUUCCUUCCCUUAUUUUUGUACACUCACUUCCUACUUUUAACAUUGUGUAAACCCAGUUGUUCAUUAUAAAAUGUGGAAAACGCGUUUUUUAAAGCGUUGAAAUGGCUGUGAUGCUUAUUGCACUGUAGUAACGUGCGGUUCCCACUGCUGAAAGGGAAAGAGGUGUAUCCGAUCCGCGGCGAGAGAGGGGAGGAGUGAGUCGGUUGUAGAAAACAUAGGGCGUAUGAGGAAGUUGUAAUACACGGUGAAUAAAAAGAACAACAUUUUCAGCCGAAAAUAAGGACUUGCCACGUUCAAAAUGCCCGCAAUGAAAGUCUGCAUCGUUGGAUCUGGAAACUGGGGCUCUUCGAUUGCCAAAAUAAUCGGGCGCAAUGUCAAAGCAUCCAACCGGUUCAACCCAAUGGUAAACAUGUGGGUUUAUGAAGAAAUGAUCGAUGGGAAGAAGCUCACAGAGAUCAUCAAUACGGAGCACCAAAAUGUCAAAUACCUACCAGGCCAUAAUCUGCCCAGGAAUGUGGUCGCGAUUCCAGACAUCACAGAAGCCGUCAAAGGAGCAAAGAUCCUGGUCUUUGUCAUCCCACACCAGUUCAUCAGCAAACUGUGUGACCAGAUCAAGCCUCACAUCACGGAGGGGACCAUCGGGAUAUCGCUCAUCAAAGGUAUCGAUGAGGGGCCAGAGGGACUGAAGCUCAUCUCAGACAUCAUCCGAGAGAAACUGGAGAUUGAGGUCAGCGUCCUGAUGGGGGCCAACAUCGCCAGCGAGGUGGCAGAUGAGAAGUUCUGUGAAACCACAAUCGGGGCAAAGAACGAGGCGAACGGCCUCGUCUUCAAAGAGCUGCUUCAGACUCCCAACUUCCGCAUCACCGUCGUAGAGGAGAGCGACACGGUGGAGCUGUGUGGCGCUCUGAAGAAUAUUGUGGCGGUAGGCGCCGGAUUCUGCGACGGCCUGGGUUUUGGCGACAACACCAAGGCGGCGGUGAUCAGGCUGGGUCUAAUGGAAAUGAUCGCCUUCGCCAAGUUGUUCUGCAAAGGCCAGGUGAGCUCCACCACCUUCCUGGAAAGCUGCGGCGUGGCCGACCUCAUCACCACCUGCUACGGCGGGCGGAACCGCAAAGUGGCGGAGGCCUUUGUGGUAACGUCCAAGACUAUUGUUGAGCUGGAGGCAGAGAUGCUCAACGGGCAGAAGCUGCAGGGCCCGCAGACCUCCGCUGAGGUCUACAAGCUCCUCCAAAAGAAGGACUUGGUCAACAAGUUUCCAUUGUUUUCUGCAGUCUACCAGAUCUGCUUUGAGGGCAAAGAGGUGAAAGAGUUCAUCACCUGUCUGCAGAACCACCCGGAGCACAUUUGAUGAGCCUGUCGCCGUGUUUACGGCUGCUGGGUCGAUGGCGAGGUACCACCACUAGAGGGUGGAAGAGAUGCAUGAGAUAGAAACGCACAACACAACAAAAGAGAUCCAACACUCACACUUUCUAUUGGUGGCAUUUCAUAAUGGGUCCCAUAUUUGUCCUAGCUUUAAAAGCACAUUUUUACAGAUUUUUCUUGUGUGCAAUAGUUAUUUAUAAUUAUCAGGUAUCAAGUUAUAGAGCUCCUUUUAAAGGCAACGCACACCUUUUUAUUGUAUUCCUAAAAUAAGGUCAAAUUUGUCAUUACGUUGUUUUCUCAAUAAAAUCAAUUCAUAAGAAACUGAAAA